UCCUAGUCACCAGAGCUCCUGUCCCACCAUCGGCUGCCUUUUCCCAGGAUGAUCCAGCUUUGCCUAUGGGUGACAUGCCAGCCUUUUCAUGCUGCCAGUAUCAAAAGAAUCCUCACUGGUGCCUUCUUCAUUCUGGGCUGCUGGGGGCUCUCUGAUUUCCAGAAGAGUUUUCCUCAAGAUCUGGAACCCACGGAGGUAUCUUCUAACUUUGGCCACCAUGCUGCUGUCACAGGUCAUCUUGCCUCUCACCUCCAGAGGCUGAGAUGGAGAAGGACUUUGGGGGAUACUUUGCACCUGGAACUGCUGGUAGCUGUGGGCCCUGAUGUCUACCAGGCUCACCGGGAGGACACAGAGCGCUAUGUGCUCACCAACCUCAAAAUCGGCACAGAACUGUUGCGGGACCAGUCCCUGGGGGCUAAGUUCCAGGUACACCUCAUGAAGCUGAUCGUUCUCUGGGACUCGGAGAGUACUCCAAACAUCACGACCAACAUCACCUCAUCCUUGAUGAGUGUCUGUGAGUGGAGCCAGACAAUCAAUCCACACGAUGACAGGGAUCCAAGUCAUGCUGACUUGGUCCUCUAUAUAACCAGGUUUGACCUGGUGUUACCUGAUGGUAACCAUCAGGUUCGGGGGGUCACCCAGCUGGGGGGUGCCUGCUCCCCUUCCUGGAGCUGCCUUAUCACUGAGGACACUGGCUUCGACCUAGGGGUCACCAUUGCCCACGAGAUUGGGCACAGCUUCGGCCUGGACCAUGAUGGUGCUCCAGGAAGUGGCAGCACCUGUGAGGCCAGUGGCCACGUGAUGGCAUCUGAUGGCACGGUGCCUACUGGAGGGGCCCUGGAGUGGUCCACCUGCAGCCAAAGGCAGCUGCAGCACCUGCUCAGCACAGGGCAAAUGCACUGUUUCCGGGACCCACCUGGGCUGCAGUCAGGACUGAAGUGGCACCAGCUGGUGGCACAGCCUGGCCUCUACUACAGUGCAGAUGAUCAGUGUCGUGUGGCUUUCGGCUCUGGGGCUAUCGCCUGCACCUUCUCCAGGGAGGGUCUGGAUGUUUGCCAGGCUCUCUCCUGCCACACAGACCCCCUGGACCAAAGCAGCUGCAGCCGCCUCCUUGUUCCUCUCCUGGAUGGGACAGAAUGCGGUGCAGAGAAGUGGUGCUCCAAGGCUCGCUGUCGCUCUCUAGCUGAGCUGGCUCCUGUGGCAGCAGUACAUGGACACUGGUCUAGCUGGAGUCCCUAUAGUCCUUGCUCCCGAUCCUGUGGAGGAGGAGUGAUCACCAGGAGACGGUGGUGCAACAACCCCAGGCCUGCCUUUGGGGGACGUGCAUGUGCGGGUGAGGACCUCCAGGCUAAGAUGUGCAACACACAGGCUUGUGAGAAGACUCAGCUGGAGUUCAUGUCUGAGCAGUGUGCCCAGACAGACGGACAGCCACUGCACCCUUCCCAAGGCAGUGCCUCCUUCUACCACUGGGAUGCUGCUGUGCCGUAUAGUCAAGGGGACACUCUGUGCAGAUAUAUGUGCUGGGCUGUUGGAGAGAGCUUCAUUGUGAGCCGUGGACACAGUUUCCAAGAUGGGACCCGUUGUGUGCCAAGUGGUCCUCAGGAGGAUGGGACCUUAAGCCUGUGUGUGUUAGGCAGCUGCAGAGCCUUUGGCUGUGAUGGCAAGAUGGACUCCCCGCAGGUUUGGGAUGCGUGCCAGGUGUGCGGAGGAGACAACAGCACAUGCAGGUCACAGAAUGGCUCUUUCACGGCUGGGAGAGCCGGAGAAUAUGUCACGUUCCUGACAGUUACUCCCAGCAUGACCAGCGUGCACAUUGUCAACCGCAGGCCUCUCUUCACACACUUGGCGGUGAGGAUCCAGGGGCACUACAUUGUGGCGGGGAAGACCAGCAUCUCGCCCAGCAUCACUUAUCCUUCCCUUCUGGAGGACCGCCGUGUGGAGUACAGAGUGACUCUCACUGAUGACCAGCUGCCCCACUUAGAGGAGAUUCACAUCCGGGGACCUGUCCAGGACGACAUGGAGAUCCAGGUGUACAGACGAUAUGGAGGAGAAUAUGGGGACCUUACGCACCCAGACAUCACUUUUACCUACUUUCAACUGAAGCAGCAGGCAGCCUGGGUAUGGACCGCCAUGCGUGGACCCUGCUCAGUGAGCUGUGGGGCAGGGCUGCGCUGGGUGACCUACAGCUGCCAUGAUCAAGCUCAAAACAAAUGGGUGAAGAGUGACCAGUGCCAAGAGAGCCCACAGCCACCUGCAUGGCAAGAACCCUGUGACUCUGCCCCCUGCCCACCAUACUGGAUAGCCGAAGACUUCAGCCCAUGUAGCGUGUCUUGUGGUGGGGGCCUUCGGGAGCGGCCGGUGCGCUGUGUGGAGGCUCAAGGUGGCUUUCUAAAGACUGUGCCGCCAGCCCAGUGCCGAGCAGUAGCCCAGCAGCCAGCAGCAGAGGUGGAAAACUGCAACUCCCAGCCCUGUCCCACCAGACAGGGGGUGUCAGACGCCAGCCCUUGCAUGCCAUCCGUUUGUGAAGCAGAUCCGGCCCCAAGGAACGUGACAUGUGUGCCCAGGGUAGGUGACCUGGAGAAGCCAGAAACUGCAAGUCCCUGCCUCACAGAUGAGAUGGCACUUACGCCAGAGCCCUGUUUCAGGACCACAUGUUCUCCAGACUCGGGUCAGUUGGAUACCAUGUCUCCGGAAGAGGAGGCUCCAUCUCCAGUGGGCAGCGACAAGCCAGAGGCUCAGGCUGCGCAUGUGUGGACUCCCCUGGUGGGGCUAUGCUCCAUCUCUUGUGGGCGAGGUCUGAGGGAGCUGCACUUCCUGUGCAUGGACUCUGUCCUCAAGAUGCCUGUCCGGGAAGAGCUAUGUGACUUGGCCAGCAAGCCCCCGAGCCAGCGGGAGGUCUGCAGGCCUGGCCCAUGUCCUGCUCGGUGGGAGACUCAAGUCUUGGCACCAUGCCCAGUGACCUGUGGCAGGGGACGAGUGCCACUGGCCGUUCGUUGUAUGCAGCUGGACCAUGGCCGCCCUGUGUCUCUACCUCACUCCAAGUGCUGGCCAAUGCCGAGGCCAGCCCCCUUCAAGGACUGCAGCCUCGAGCCUUGUCCUGCUAGGUGGAAAGUCCUAUCCCUUGGCCCAUGCUCAGCCAGCUGUGGCCUUGGCACUGCCACACGAACGGUGGCCUGCAUGCGGCUUGACCGAGGCCAUGACAGCGAGGUGGAUGAAACUUUCUGUAAGGCUCUGGUGCAGCCCCAGGCCAGUGUCCCCUGCCUUGUUGCUGACUGUGCCUACCGGUGGCAUAUCGGCACCUGGACAGAGUGCUCCGUCUCCUGUGGGGAUGGUAUCCAGCGCCGCCAUGACACCUGCCUUGGACCCCAGGCCCAAGUGCCUGUGCCGGCCAACUUCUGCCAGCACCUGCCCAAGCCAGUGACAGUGAGGGGCUGCUGGGCUGGGCCCUGUGCAGGACAGGAGACCCCCAGCUCACUGUCUCACAAGGAAGCUACUCUUCCCAGCCAGACCCAGGCUGCUGUUACUGUUGCUUCUGUGCAGUGGUCCCAGCCCCAAGCCCGGGCCUACACUCUCUUCCCAGCCUCCCAGUCCCUGGGGCUCCAGGAAAACCUGGAAGAGCUUGGUGUCUGUGGAAGGCAGUAUCUGGAGCCCACGGGAACCAUUGACAUGCGAGGUCAAGGGCAGGCAGACUGUGUGGUGGCCAUUGGGCGGCCUCUAGGUGAAGCGGUGAUCCUCCAAAUCCUCGAGAGCUCACUCAAGUGUAGUGCAGGGGAGCUGUUGCUGCUUUGGGGUAAGUUCACGUGGAGGAAGAUAUGCUGGAAGAUGUCUGGCCUGACUUUCAGCACCAAAACCAACACAUUGGUGGUGAGGCAACAUCGUGUGCUGCCAGGACGCGGAGUGCUGCUACAGUACCGCAGUCAACCUGCUCCAGGGACCUUCUACAGAGAUUGCAACAGGCAGCUCUUUGGACCUCGGGGUGAGAUUGUGAGUCCCUCACAGAGCCCAGACAGGAAGAAUGCAAGGAGCUGCCGUGUCUACAUCAGUGUGGCCCCGCAGCACCGCAUUGCCAUCCGUGCCCUGGCCGGGGACACAGGCACUGCCUCUGAGGGGACCAACGCCAAGUAUGUCUCGAUCAGGGAUUUCCACACGCUGAGGACCACAACAUUUUGGGGACAGCAGGUGCUCUACUGGGAGUCUGAAGGCAGUGAGGCUGAACUGGAGUUUAGCCCUGGGUUCCUGGAGGCGCGUGCCAGCCUCCAUGCCCAGUACUGGACCAUCCCACCGAGAACACCGAAACAGGACAACAGCCUGGCUCUGUCUUAGAUUUCUCUCCAACCACCGGAAGGAGAGGCAACUCUACACAUAAGUGACUGUGCCUGGAGUGUGCAACUCUAGCCUCUUGAGAGGCUCUAACGCCUGCCAGUCUUAGAGAAUCUCUUUUAGUGACUUUUCCCAGGUGCAGAAGGGCUGGGUCUGGGAGGUGGGGAUCAGAAAAGCAGUCCCAGGCCUCCCCCAUUGCUAAUAAAGGAUACAGGAAACCUGCUCACUGGUGUUUUCCUCCC